CCAAUCUUCUCGCGGUUACAUUAUGGACGGUGACUACGUUGGAAGAAGGAGUUUAUCAGAAGGCUUUUAAAAAAAAAAAGUUUCAGUUUCCAGAGUUUAAUACGGAAAAAUCCAGCUUUAAAAGAAGGUUAGUGGAUAAUAUAUUGUGAUGAAGGUCGUUUUGAGGUCAUAUCCGACAUACGGCGCUGUUUGAACGAAAAUAUCCUCUGUCUGGGUGCGAUAAUUUAUGAAUUGAGUAAUGGUUAUGAAGUGUUUCUGUUUCCUACCAUAUAUUUUCAGUUCUGGCUUUCAAGUCCAUGCUUCACAAAGUCACUUGAAGUACUAAACUAGUAAGAAAGCGUCCAAACAUUAUCAAAAUCGAUUAUCAGUCGCUUGCAAUUCGAUUGCCAUGUCGAACUGACAGAAUAACACCCAGCUUUAGCUUUUCGAUGAGCGAGAGCGAAGCAUCUUGGCCAUGGAAAGUUGUUAUUUUAAUUCGUUGCUUUAGCCUUGAAGAGUCGGUUUAAAUCCAUGACAUUUAAAUCAGAAGUUCUACUGCUGUUGUUUGCUAAACUUUCAUUGUUUUAAAUGAUGCAAGGUUCACGAAUUUCCAUUAAAGCCGGAAGUGAAGCGGAAGUUAGGAACUGAACAAAAACACUUUCUCUUUUGAAUGUUGGCGCGUGUGACAAAUUACUUCCUUUUUGUCACCCAAUCUAUGUAAUUAUACACGCACGAGAUGCAAAUUCCAACUCUCUGUGACCAUGAAUGCAUAUAAAAAGUCGGCGUAGAAAAAUUCGUUGAAAUACACAAAAAAUUUUCAGGCGAAUCCUGCAUGAAAUCAGGAGCCAUUACUAAGUAAGGGGCUCCUGCGUGAAAUACAUUCAACCAAAAGGGAAUCUGCAAUUGGUUCAUUCACGUUAGCUACGAUGUACUUGAAGGAAAAAUCAUUAUCAAAUCAUAUAUUGGUUAUUUUUGGGGGCCGCAUUUUGCACACAUGAAUUGGCAGAACAGUUUCAAGCAGGAAUUGAUCAUUCGUCGGGCUUGUUAUUGAACCAUUUCAACCGGUGUCACCAUACAAGCUUUCAAAUGUUUAAGCAUUUGGUUCUUUUUCACUAUUUUAUUUCAGUUAAGGUGAGUUGUCCGUCAGUAUUUUUGUCCUUAUUGUUUAUUAUUUGCAUGUAUUUUCGGCGGUAACGGCUGCCAAAAUACAUUUAUCCAUUUCAUAAUUGUGGUGACUUUUGGUAGAGGGGUGGUGGGGUGGGGCUUAGGGGUUAGCAAGAGAUUAUUAAUUCUUGGGGGUUAGCUAGUUAAGCUGUUGUUUACAUUGCUAUCGAUUCAACCUGAUUUCUGUUUUGAUAUGAAAUAUUUAGGUUUGUGGACGCGGCCUAAUUGGUCGAUAGAUGUGAUCAGAUGUGAGUGUUUAAAAACGGCUGUAACGUUUUAGAUGUGAGCGUCAGUCAGUAAAAUAUUUUUUUAGAGCAAUAGAGAGCUUUCCUCAAAAAUUAUGCAAACGUGGGACGGAUUCGAGGGUUUGUGUAGCUGUCUCGAAAGCUCUCGACCCCUAAAGUUUAGAUGAGAUUACGUAAACAAGGAAAAGUCCUAAUCCGUGGUUUACACGUGAAAUUGUGUAGGGAUUCUAAUCAGAGACAGGGCUCCGGGAAUACCAUGGCGGCCAUUCCAUUGUGCAUACCAAACAACUGCAGCUGGGAUGAAACAUCGGGAGCGUUCCAGCGCGACUCGAGUCAGCCCCGCACGGGACUUCAGCCUGUAAACCCGGCACUGCGGAAACUUCGGUCUAUUGGCGGACCAGUGUGCGUCGUGUCGAUAGCCGGGCCAUGCAGGAGGGGAAAAUCGUACAUCCUCAGCAGAGCGUUCGAUCAAGGGACGUGUUCCCACUGGGGCAUUCGUUUGAUCCGGAGACCAUGGGAAUUUGGCUGUGGGUAGUACCAGAGAAAUACACGGAUGCUCAAGGCAGAGAGUUCACCGUUGUGCUGUUGGAUUCCGAAGGAAUUGAUGCAGUGAGUGCAGAGGGUAUUAAUGAUCACGCCAUAUUUACACUCAGCGUUCUCUUGAGCUCUGUAUUAAUUUACAAUUCUGUUGGCGUUCCCACAAGAACUGAUCUUGAGGGACUUGAGUAUCCUUUUCGACUCUACUACGUAUUAAUCUGCAGCUGAGUGUGCUCUUGUUAUCUCUUGUAUGUGUCUAUCUAUCUUUCAAUUAUAUCUAUCACUCGAUGCCUACGUUCAAUUAAAGCAUGUGCAAUCUCUAAAAGUUACAUUUAGCUUUCUCUUGUAGUCUUUCAUGAUCAUAUGCAUUGGUUAUUCGUGAUGAACAUCUUCCACAAAAUGGUGCAAGUUAUAAAAUGAAAGGAAAUUAAAUGUUUAGAUGCCUCAACGAGUGCUAGUCACAUAAUCAAGAUUUCUCAGCGGAUUCAAGUGGUCUCAGGACAACCUUUAGACAAAGAAGAUUCACAGCACGUGUUUCCUUCUUUUGUGUGGCUGCUCAGAGAUGUUGUGUUAAGUCUUCCCAAGGGCGUGGAAAACUUAAAAGCGUAUUUCCUUGAAAAGGUAACCAUACCACAAAAGUUCAGAACUUGCCGUUGGUGAAUGGAACGGAACUGUAUUAGUCCGAACUGGUAGAAACAGUUAUGGCCAAAUUUGUUCUGGGGAGGGAAUUUUGAGUGCUGCAUGCUGCAGGCGAUGUUGCAAAUAAUUUCAAAACCCCUUUAAAUUUUAGACUUGCGUUCAGGCGCUUGACUGUUCACAGGACUGUUCAUCUUCUUGUGGAGCGCUUUUCAUCUCAACCGGUACUUACAAUCAAUUUUUUAGGCUUUCACUUGCUCAGACGGGAGUUAUAGCUUUUCUCACAAAACUUUCAAAACUGUGCGUUUUGCUGGACAACAGUACUCUUUCAAGAAAGGAAGAGAAAGAAUCCUAACAACAAGUUUUCAAAGAAGGUUCUCGAUUUGACGUUAGCGUGUUCCUGAACUUUCAUGUUCUUCAUGUUUUCUGUCGUUUAGGUCUUCAAGAUGCGAGGUCGGCCUAAUGAAAAGUCUCAAAAGGUCGUGGACAACAUUCUGAAGUUCUUUCCUGACUUUGACGCCUUUCCCCUCUCCCCUCCGUCAUCAGAUGCUACACUCAUACAAAACUUAAAUGAGAAGGGGAGGCAGGGGGAGAUUAGUUCAUCAUUCAAGAAAGGAGUGGAAGAGUUCAAAAAGAUGUUGCACUCAAAACUAACUCCCAAACGGAGUUUUGUUGGACAAGGAUUUGUCACUGGAGAAGGUUGGCAAUUUUUUAAAAUUUUUAGAGACAGUCUAACGCUCUAGUAGUAGUAACUUCUUUUAAAAAUAUAUAUAUAUAUUUUGUGGAGUGCAAGGAAUCUAGGAAAUAUGAAGAAGGGAUCCUUGUCAUACACGUAAACCAAAUGACAGGAACUCUCUUUUUUUUAAUUUGUUAUUUUCAUUCAACAUUGAUUUCCUUUAAUUUGUCGUCCUGUUAGUUUAACAGCUUCCCUUCUUCCUCCAUGAAGUAGCCACUAAAACCUUCAAAAAUACACGAUUAAAGUAUGUAUGCAUUAUACAUUAAUAAGAUACGUGUUUGGAUUAAAUGAAACGCGGUCGUGGAGAUGUCAAAAUUCAAACGCCCUUUUGUGAUAGAGGGUCAAUUUUCAAGGAUUAGAGCAAGAUGACUGCCUGAAUUUUGAGCCAGAUGAAUUGUUUUAUAACCAUUUACCCGCUUGUGUCUUAUUCAUAGCUCUGGCAACUCUGGUCGAAGAAUAUAUUCAAGCUGCAAAUUCACCAGGGGCUGUUCCAGUUGUUGAGAGUGCAUGGAACGUGUUUACCAAAACAAAAUGUACUCAGACUCUAAACGAUGCUAAAGCUCUGUACGAGUAAGUACUACUAAAAGACUUGCCUAAAUAAACCGGAAUUUCUAUACGCGCGCAACUCUGCUUCCAUAAUGACUCCGUUUCCGAAGCGGCGAUCUUUUAGUCAGCACCACAAGUGUUGUAAGGUUGACCUUGAGCCUAUUUCAUUUGGGUUUGCGCAGAAACUCAUUUCCGUUGGCGUUUUUUUUUUGUUGUUGUUGUUAUUUGCUAUCCCAAGUGAUCAGAUCUCAGAAAAGAUGGUUUUCUUCUACACUCGGAGAAUCGCUUGAUCAGUGCAAAAGAAUUGCAGCUCUGUAACCGAAAACUAUAGAUACUUGCUGACUUGAAAUAUGCAGAAACACCGAAGGAAUUUAUUUCUGCUGUGUCCGUUGAUUACAGCUCAGGGAAUAAGAUCUGAGAUCAUAGUCGAUUCCUUUCGGCAGUAUUUCAAAUUUUUUAAUUUCUUGAUUCAGUGGAGGGAUACGAGAGUUCAAAGAAAAGGUGUGUCUUCCCUGUGACGACAGAAAGAUUCGCAAUGCUCAUCAAGAUUAUUUGUUGGAAGCUCUAACUUUUUUUUUGAGACUGAAGCAGAGGACACGGCUGUAAUGGCCCGGUGGAUGUACAUCGAGGAGUUAGCGGUAAAUAAUGAGUUCGAUGUAGAUAUUUAGAUUCAUUAAGCUGAUCUUUAACCAACAAAGAGUAACUAUAUUUAGCUUGUUUAUAGCUGUACGUUUGCUUAUACCACAUUUUCAUAACUUAAAUAAAAACAACAAUAAUAACAACAUCGAUAGACAAACGGCUAUAGCAGUGCUGCCUGACGAGAAGCUUUCGCCUAUAUUCUCCAUUGACAGUUAAAAGAGAAACUACAGAUUCCUGCCAGCUAUCAUAACCUAUUCAUUAUAAUUUUCGCGCGAUUCUACUGGCUACUAAACAUCACGUCGUAUCAGCUCCUAUCCCUUAUCAAAUUGUGAUUGAAAUUGGCUUUGAUCAUUCUUAUUCUUUUAGUAAAACAAACAUUAUAAGAUUUCUCUUACAAGACAAAGUCGAGGAAAGUGUAAUCAAGAAUACUUGGGUCAUCCUACUUGCUACUUCUGUGGUUCUGUAUGGUCAAUUAUUUUUCACGCUUGUUAAUUGCUCACUCUAUAUUCCAACAUUAAUCUUAUCUAAAGAUCAUCCAAAUUGUUUGUUCUUCAUUUUUACCCUUUUGAGGGAAUUAAGGAUGGUGAACUCAUGGUGCAAUUGCCGCUCUCGCCCCUGUAGCCCGGUGUGCGAUUCCUGAUUCUGCUGGCAUAUGUAGGAGGAGUUUGUUAUUGGUUUCCUUCCUUUCUUUGAGGGUCGUGUUCUUCCUUCCACGCAAAAAAUCACUCCGAUCUCCUUUGCCGCCAGUGGAUUAACCCUUUAACUCCCAAGAUCUCAUUAACAAUUCUCCUUACUGUCUGUCAUAUAAAUCUUGUGAUGUUGGUUUGAAGCAUUUGGUAUUGGAUCAGCUAAUAAUCCCUUAUGGUCACUCAUGGGAGUUAAAGGGUAAAGAAACACUCUGUAAAUGUGCCACUGCUGAAUUGUAUUAUUUCUAUAUCACUAGAACUAUACAGACGAAGCUGAGAGUGCUUUGCUAAGAGAGAACAACAAUCUGACUGAGGAACAGUGCAGUGACCUGAUGAAAACGCUACGCGUGGUGUGGUUGGACCCAGUCCUCAAAGAUGUCCAUGAUCCCAAUGAUCACGAAUUCUUGAUUUUGGAAGAGCGUUUGAGGUCUGUUUAUCAGAAACUUGACAGUGACUUCAAGCAACAGGCCAAAGGAGACAAGAGCUUAUGUUCAAACCUGGCUUACAUCUAUGAAUUGGUAUGGAUAGUUUUUUUUUUGUUCAGGUUACAAUGAACUUCCUGUUUCAUACUCUCCCCUCUAACUCCUUCACCUGAUCAUUACCGCGGUCUAUGGAAAGGUUCGGUUUGCUUACUGCAUACACAUAUUGCCCAAAACAACAAGAAAAUAAAUGGCAUACCACGGUCUACAACCAUUUACUUUUUACCAUCAUUUAAAGUAAUAUUCAGUUUGCAGUUUUAAUCAUAAUUCUCGGUCGCGAAACAUAAAUUUUUUUUUCUAGUUUAACGGAAGUUGAUGAAACGUUUUAGGAAUGAGAAAAGGUAACGCGGGAGGCGUUGCAUAAUCUGUGUCUGUAUCUGAGCAACUGCACCUACCCCUUCCCUAACCCAAAAACAGUCAACUGAUGACAAGUAAGGGUUGAUGUUGUUUUAGUGAAGGAGUUGGUGCGCAGUUUCUCAGAUACUGACAUUGAUCUGUGUUUCAUUACACUGACAGCAACAUUUUGAAGAGAUGAAGAAACAUCUUGCUCGACUUAGGACAAGGAGGAAGUAUUAUGAAGAUAUCUCCUCCGAGAGAGCAGCGAGAGAAGCUGAGGCUGAGGAGACAGAAAGGCUAAGGGUCAGUUUUUUUCAUAUUUGAGAGCCCAGAUUACCAAGUUAGAUACCUUUCAGGCAGGAGGAAGAAUGAUACACUUUGAACAUUGGUUAUUUAUAUGCGUCAUUCGCUAAGUUUGUUUAGAUUAGUUGUUGUUAAUAUUUGAAAUGGAGGUGACUAUUGGAUUAAUGUUUACCGAACCGCAAGCUAAGGAAAAAUGUUCAUUAGCACAUGAUAGCAAACAAGUACGAUUGCUGAUAUCACGAAGCUCGCUGAGUGUAGAUAUCAAUUAUAAUAAUGGUUAUGAUGCUGCUUUUCUUUCGAUAUGGCUACCUGGAGUGGUAAAGUUUCGACAAACAAUUCUGCUGCUAUUUUAUUAUUGUAUUUUACCCUGAUGAUCAACAAAAAAAUGUUUUUUCGCUCGAAGUACAAGAUUUGAAUAUAAACGAGUUUGGGUUUCUGGAUACUUCCUUUAUCUUAAUUCAAUAUAGCUGAUAACUUUCCUGUAGCAGUAAAAUACAUUUUCAUGUAUUUCAUUGUUACUUAACUUUUUUCUUUUAUUUAUUUUUUCACUUUCAUCUUUUUUUUUUUUAGGAUGAGAACUUGCAUUUGGUAGAGGACAGAAAAGAAAUCGAAGGAAAGGUAAGAGCUUUAGAUAAAACUCUAUCAACUUUUUCAAUUAAAGUUUUUUAUGAUGUGUUUGUAACAAAGUUGAGAGGAAUCAAAAUUUUUUUUAAUUUCGAGUACGAGUCAGUCGCCCAUAUCUUAGCAGAAUUAACUAUCCUUCAUUUAUCUGAGAGGAGAUUUUGAAAAGUACAUUUGGCAUUUGCAGUAGAGUCUUACUACGUCGACUAUUUUAUAGUCUGCAAUGCAUAAUAAAGUUAAGGUAAUAAAUAGGAAGGUUCUCGUUUCCACUCUGUGUUUCGGAGGUGAAAACUUAAACAAAAACUUAAUUUAAUCUUUUCCACUUUUAUUUCACGACAUUCGUUUUACAAGGUGCUGUCUGGUUAAAGGUAACCUAUACUAAGUAUCUUCAGCGUAAGUCGUGUUUUGAAUUGAUAACAAAAUACAAACCCAAAGUCUUUGUAUCUCAGAUAACUCGCCUAGAGGAGAAUCACAUCGAAGAUCAAAGAAACAUCAAACGCAUGGUUGAAGAACAAAUGCGAACACAGAAAGAGCAGGCCGAAGCUGCCAUAUCCGAAGCGAGGGAAAGAUCGACAGCUGAGAAGGAAAGAUAUUUACGACAACAAAGAGACCUUCAAGCUCAGAUAGAUGCAGCUAAACGAAAACAGCAGCAAGAUGAACAAACCAUAAAGAAUCUGCGAGAUAGACUGAGGAGAAUGUGAUUAAGACAAAAAGAAACAAGAGAAACAAGAGAAAAUUGAAAAGGACAUCAGAGAGAAAAAUGAGAAAAUGAGAGAGAGAACUCUUUUCACUUUGAGAUUAAACAUCGAGUUGGAAAAACAUCGAGUUGGAAAAAUGUCGGUGAUGUUUAUUUAUAUAAGAGGAUGUAUGAAUCAACGUUCAUGCGAUUACGCGACCUUGUCUUUUGAUUUUAUCAUUUCCACAACUUUUCUGAAUUUUACGAAAGUGUUCACUAAAAAUUCUGAUUUUGCCUUCAAAGGAAGUUUUACUACACAGAGGAUCUAAGUUUUUUUCUCUUCGCACUCGUUCUGCCUUGCAAUAAAAAGAAGAAAUAAUGUAAUCAAAAUUUUCAAAAGUAAAACUAAAAAAAGAAUGUGACUCGUACUAUUCCUAGAAAUCCUUGUGACAAAACAGUGACAACUAUGGAUGAUCGGAAGGCCUGACAAAUGAAUAAUUUCAUUCGCCAUCUUUAUUGAUGGUACCUUUUCCAUAAUUCACCUUACAUCAUAUCUACAAACCAAAUGGAUUAGAUUAAUUCUACACCUUUUAAAUAUUUAAUGUUUAGCAGAUCCAAGGAAAGAGUCUGAGGGGCCUGGACCCUCCUACAAAUCAGACCUGUAGGUAUUUUCAUUACUUGUCUGAAACCAGAAAUAUAACAACGACAGGAAUAAAUAUUACAU